CUUCGUUGCUUCUCUUUCUUCUUUUUUUUUUCAAAGUCGAUCACUCACUUCUCUUUUAUGAUUUUGGAACAGCUUCGACUCAAUGUUACCCGAGAAGCGUACAUCUUCACGCCCCUGUACGAACCGGCAAAAGCCAAUGGCGCUCGAAACACCGUUGUUGAAUCUUUGACCAUCCAUCGCGAUUCCGGUCGAAUAGAAUUAAACGCUCCGCCCACACAACAAGGCGCUCAAGUACUACAAGAAGUUGUCGUAUAUGGUAUCAUGGGGUUUAUACGCCUUCAUGCAGGCGAAUAUAUGAUUGUAAUUACUGGCUAUGAGCGUGUUGGCAGUUUACGGGGUUGCGAUAUCUUACGAGCUACGACGUUUCAGAUACUGCCAUUGCCACACAACCUCUCUCGGUUAUCGCAAACACAGAUUGAUGAUGAACAGAAAUAUGUACAUUUGCUACAAGAUCACUUACGACAAAACACGUUUUACUAUUCAUACACAUACGACAUGACACGGUCGAUCCAAUGCCAGAGCGAAACGGAGAACAGUGCUGAGCCGAUGUGGAAGCUGGCGGACACACGAUUCUUCUGGAAUCGGUACCUUGCUGAUAAAAUGAUUACGGCAACAGAAAGCGGCGAACAAGAUUUGACUGCGUUUAUCCUACCUGUGAUACAAGGAUUUGUCGAUAUUACUUCCACAGUCAUUAAUAAACAUCCGGUAUCAUUUGGUCUGAUCAGUCGCAGGAGUCGAGAGCGUGCUGGUACACGCUAUUUCUCCCGUGGUCUCGAUGACAAUGGUCAUGCCAGCAAUUUUGUUGAAACCGAACAGUUGUUAUUAUGCGAACGAGAGCCCGCAGGGAAUGCAGGCGGUCAACCCAUCCAAUUAUCAUUUGUGCAAACAAGAGGUUCUGUUCCGGGCAUAUGGGGUCAAAUCACCAACACACGUUACACGCCGCAGCUUUGGGUCGAGGGAGACCUGAAUGAUCAUAGCGUGCUGGCCACAUCACGAACGCAUUUCAGUGAACAGAUCCGGAUUUAUGGACCUCAAGUAUUAGUUAAUUUGGUCAACAAAAAGGGAUACGAGUACCCUGUCGGUCAAUUAUAUGCUCGGCUAGUUGAUGCUUUGGCCGAUCCACGUCUAUCGUACGUCCAUUUUGACUUCCAUCACGAGUGCCGUAAGAUGCGGUGGAACCGAGUGCAGUUAUUGAUCGACGAACUUGAACCGGCGCUAACCAAACAAGGAUACUGUUGCAUCGACCCAAAUAACGCAACUGCAGGUCAACCUACAAUGCGCAGUAAACAAUCAUCAGUGGUCAGAACCAACUGUAUGGAUUGUUUGGAUCGGACAAAUGUUGUUCAAAGUGCUUUGGCUCGUUGGAUCCUAAACAGACAGUUGCGCGAUAUUGGUGUCUUACAGUCGACUGAAGUCAUUGAAAACGAUGCCCAGUUCAUGAGUGUUUUUAACAACACAUGGGCAGAUAAUGCAGAUGUGUUGAGCUUAGCAUACUCCGGUACAGGGGCUCUCAAAACAGACUACACGCGCACUGGGCAACGCACAUAUGUGGGCGCGCUUAACGACUUGUCCAACUCACUUAUACGCUAUGCCAAAAAUAAUUAUCUGGACGGCUCAAGACAAGACGGUAUAGAUUUGUUCCUUGGCCUCUAUACUGUCGAAUCCAGCCUAUACAAUAGCCCGUUUGCAAAAAAUAAGCCAUGGACUACCAAAGCGAUACCCACAGGGUUUUUUUGCUCCUUGAUUCUCUUUCUGAUAAUUCUGUUCCAUCCUGAACGAAUUGGUAUCGAAUCUUCGACGGUCUAUGUACUUUUACUUUCGUUUUUCUUUGCUCUGUCCUUUUCCUGCUGGCGCUACAUACAGCAGCACGGAACAGUGUUUGUAGAUUGGCCCAGACUCAAACCAAUAUUAUUCCCCAAAGGAGUAGUAGUCGGCGAUCGCUCCUCUCCUGCUUUCGCUGCUGUCAAAGAAAACGGCGGUGCUGUGCCAUGGAUGAUGCAUGCACCACCAGAACGCAGUAAUACUGCCAUGCUAGAUGAAGUUGAACAAGGAUAUGAAUUGCCUACUCUAAAAAAGACCACUUAGACAAUCUACCAGCUCAUAUUCAAG